AUGGAUAGCAAACAUGAAGCUGCUAGUGCUUAUGCUGAUGCAGCUCACUCAUACAAGAAAACAAGCACCAAGGCGUGCAUAGGUAACCUAGAGCAAGCAUUAAACAUUUUCAUGGAAAUUGGAAGACUCAGCAUGGCUGCCAGAUAUUGCAAGGAAAUUGUUGAGUUAUAUGAACAGGAGCAAAAUUUGGAGCAAGCUAUUGCUUACUAUAAUAAAGCAUCUGAUCUUUUUCUGGGUGAAGAAGUAACAACUUCUGCAAACCAAUGCACACAGAAAAUCACACAAUUUUCAGCUCAAGUGGAACAGUGCUUUGCAAAUCUUACUGAAUUCAUACUAUAUUUCCAUUAUUGUCGAUCUUUGCGAUUUGAGGACAAACCAGAUUAUUCUUACUUGAAGAGGCUUUUCCGUGAACUUUUCACUAGAGAAAUUUAUCAGUUUGACUAUAUAUUUGAUUGGACCAUGUUAAAGUAUCCCCAUGUGGGCUCUAGUUCUAGAGGAAGGACAACUACAAAAUUACCAUUGAACCCUGGAAUAUCAGCAGAGAAAGCAGAAAGGACCCCAGUGAAACAAGAGGUCCGAGAUAGAUUCUCAGGGGCAGUUGAGUCAUUUAUUAGAAGAAAUGGUUCUAGUAGCGGCUUGCAUGGUGAUCAUCAAUCAAGGCAUAGAUCUUCAGAGAAUGUUACACCCUCCAAGGAUGCUCUGAAGAGUCUUGAUGUUGCAGCAUUGACUGUUGAAGUUCCUGCUGAAGAUUGGGGAGAUGAACUCAAAUCUUGA